CAAGUAGCUUUUUUCCCCCGUUGAAUCCCUCCCGCUGUUCAACCAAAGAGUAUGUGUAUAUUUUAAGCCUUAUUUCGCUGUGAUUUUAUUUCCGGUUAUAAAUAAUUUUCUUUCGCGGUUGCUCCGUUGAACGACACUCCAAGACGAGACCAAAAAAAAAAAAAGAAGAAGAAGAAGAAGAGGAAGCAAUAGCCGACCAUCUUUCUUCUUCUGCCAGCAAUAACAAGAAAGAGACGAGGCUCGGCUCAACACUGGAGUUUGGAAUUUAUUGUCCCUUUUAUUCCGACUCAAACCUCUCCGCAUUAAGACAGAUACAAAGCUGUCGGACACUGAGCUCCUCCGCUGGCGAGACUGGAAGUUUGAGAUCAGAAGACUGGUUGUUAGGAAUUAGAAUUCCCGAUUUUUCAUGUUUCCUACAGGUUUAUCUUCCCCUAACCCCCCACCACCGCCAACCCAGGAGGCUAGAACCGCGGCUACUGAUGUCAAAACCGACAGCGGCAGCAUCACAUCUCCGAAAAAGAGGAAAAUAAACGGCUCCGAGAGGGAAGACACCGCUGACACCAUCUCCUCUUCACCUCCCAAGACCCUCCAUUCUUCCUCCUCCUCCUCCACCUCUUCCUCUCCCACUCCGCUGCACCUCCAGAAGAAGUUGAGGUUCGAGGAUUCUGUGGAUUUCUUUGGACUGGAUGUGAAAAUGGCCGAGGAAGUCGCUUCGUGCUCCAAUAACAAAAGCAAAGCCGUGUUCCUGCCCGGUGGCGUGGGACACCACGCAAACGGACUGACGAAAAGCGCAGGAUCCGGAACCUUUUCCAACAGUAAACCCGGUGCUGCCAAGAAACUAGUCAUCAAGAACUUCAAAGAAAAGCCAAAAUUACCAGAGAACUACACACAAGAUACCUGGCAGAAGCUGAAGGAGGCAGUAGAGGCCAUACAGAACAGCACUUCAAUCAAGUACAAUCUAGAGGAGCUCUACCAGGCUGUUGAGAACCUCUGCUCCCACAAGAUAUCUGCCAAGUUGUACAAACAGCUAAGGGCAGUAUGUGAAGACCACAUUAAGGCACAAAUUGAUCAAUUCAGAGAGGACUCCUUGGACAGCGUGCUUUUCCUGAAGAAAAUAGAUAAGUGUUGGCAGGAUCACUGCAGACAAAUGAUCAUGAUUAGGAGUAUAUUUUUGUUUUUGGACCGCACUUACGUUUUACAAAAUUCACUGCUGCCAUCAAUCUGGGACAUGGGUCUGGAGCUGUUUAGGUUCUACAUCAUCAGCGAUCUGAAGGUCCAGAGUAAAACUAUCGAUGGGAUUCUGCUGCUCAUUGAGAGGGAGCGUAACGGCGAGGCGAUAGACCGCAGUCUGCUGAGGAGCCUGCUGAGCAUGCUCUCUGAUCUUCAGAUUUAUCAAGACUCCUUUGAGCAACGCUUUUUGGAGGAAACUAAUCGACUGUACUCCACAGAGGGACAAAGGCUGAUGCAGGAGAGAGAGGUUCCAGAAUACCUCCAUCAUGUCAACAAACGUUUGGAGGAGGAAGCUGACAGGGUGAUCACAUAUCUCGACCAGAGCACACAAAAGCCACUCAUUGCCACAGUAGAAAAGCAGCUGUUGGGUGAACAUCUCACAACAACUCUACAAAAAGGGCUGACUCACCUUCUGGAUGAGAACAGGAUUCAAGACCUGUCUCUUCUCUAUCAGCUGUUUAGUCGAGUGCGCGGUGGCAUUCAGGUCCUCUUGCAACACUGGAUAGAGUACAUAAAGGCGUUUGGAAGCACAAUUGUAAUCAAUCCUGAAAAAGACAAAACUAUGGUGCAAGAGUUGCUGGACUUCAAAGAUAAGGUGGAUCACAUCAUCGAUGUGUGCUUCAUCAAGAAUGAGAAGUUUGUCAAUGCCAUGAAAGAGGCUUUUGAAACAUUCAUCAACAAGCGGCCAAAUAAACCUGCAGAGCUCAUAGCCAAACAUGUGGAUUCAAAGCUAAGGGCUGGAAACAAAGAAGCAACAGAUGAGGAACUGGAGAAGAUGCUUGAUAAGAUAAUGAUUAUCUUUAGAUUUAUCUAUGGCAAAGAUGUUUUUGAGGCCUUUUACAAAAAGGAUCUGGCCAAGAGGUUACUGGUCGGAAAAAGUGCUUCUGUGGAUGCUGAAAAAUCAAUGUUGUCAAAGCUAAAACAUGAAUGUGGAGCAGCAUUCACCAGCAAGUUGGAAGGAAUGUUCAAGGACAUGGAGCUUUCUAAAGACAUCAUGGUGCAGUUCAAACAGCAUAUGCAGUGCCAAAACAUUCCUGGCAACAUUGAACUUACAGUGAACAUACUCACUAUGGGAUACUGGCCAACCUAUAUCCCCAUGGAAGUGCACCUCCCCCCUGAGAUGGUGCGACUGCAAGAGAUCUUCAAGACCUUCUACCUGGGCAAACACAGUGGCAGGAAGCUGCAGUGGCAAUCAACACUAGGCCAUUGUGUCUUAAAAGCUGAAUUUAAAGAGGGAAAGAAGGAGCUGCAGGUGUCCCUUUUCCAAACACUUGUGCUUCUGAUGUUUAAUGAAGGAGAGGAAUUCACCCUGGAGGAGAUCAAGCUGGCAACAGGAAUAGAGGAUAGCGAACUGCGCCGAACUUUGCAGUCACUUGCAUGUGGAAAAGCGCGGGUCCUGACAAAAAUCCCAAAGAGUAAAGACGUGGAGGACGGGGACAAGUUUUCUUGCAAUGAUGACUUCAAACACAAACUCUUCAGGAUCAAAAUAAACCAGAUCCAGAUGAAGGAAACGGUGGAAGAGCAAGCCAGCACCACAGAAAGAGUGUUUCAGGAUCGUCAGUAUCAGAUCGAUGCUGCUAUUGUGCGCAUCAUGAAGAUGAGAAAGACUCUGAGCCAUAAUCUCUUGAUGUCUGAGGUCUACAACCAACUCAAAUUCCCUGUCAAGCCUGCUGACUUAAAGAAGAGAAUAGAGUCUCUUAUUGACAGGGACUAUAUGGAACGUGACAAGGAGAACUCCAACCAGUACAACUAUGUGGCAUAGGCAAAGAACAAGUGACACAGAACAGUAGACGCUGAAGGCUGUCCUGUGUGGUCGGUCUCUAGUCUUUUGCUCCAGUGGAUGUUAACAUUGUCACCUUGAAUCCAGUGACCGACGAGUGAAUGGAUAAUAUUCCACGGGCUUUUUUUUUUUUUUGUCAUGGGGUCUUUGGAUCCUGUGGACUGCAUGCCCAUUGAAAAGAGAAUAUUGUCCAUAUUUCUCAGUGCCUCUGAGAUAACUGGGCCAUCUUGGACAGACAAAGAAGACACAUUCGGGAUUUUUUUUUUUUUUU